CAGCAAUAAACAAACUGCGUGCAAAAGGCAGAAUCCUCUCUAAAGUGGACCCAAACAGCAUCAAGCGAAAACGAUCUGAUCUGGAUACUCUAGAAAUUUCUGAGAGAGUUGAGAAAAACACCCACGUUUCAGAAGACUCUGCUAAUGCUGUAGAACCUGCCGAAAAGAAACGGCGCCAACAACUUGCUUACUUGGAGUCUGACGAGUUUCAAGAAAUCUUCAAUGCUAGAUCCAAACACUUGGGUGUCCUUAAGGAAUUUGAGGCUGAGAUGCAGGAACGCUAUUUUGAGCCACUGGUGAAAAAGGAGCAAAUGGAAGAGAAAAUGAGGAGUAUCAGAGAAGUGAAGUGCCGUGUUGCCACAUGCAAAACAUGUAAGUACACCUACUUCAAACUCCUGGAUUCUUGCGUGGAGCAAAAUCAUGACUACCACUGGCACGAUGGCAUAAAGCGAUUCUUCAAGUGUCCAUGUGGGAACAGAGCCAUCUCUCUUGACAAGCUUCCAAAGAAACACUGCAGCAACUGUGGCCUCUUUAAAUGGGAACGUGAUGGAAUGCUCAAGGAGAAGAAAGGUCCCAAGAUUGGUGGAGAAACACUGCUACCAAGAGGAGAAGAACAAGCCAAAUUCCUCAACAGCAUAAAAUAACUGAAGAGAAUGUUUUCUCCUUUGCAUUUGACUUUUGCAUCUAUUUCCUGUUUCUGGAAAGACCUAGUGGCACAAAAAAGUGGCAAAUCACUUUGUAAGGACUUGAUCACCUGAUUAUCUUCCCUCCCUGAAGAGUAAAUGAUCCUCUCUAUCUGAGCUUUCCUUUUUCCAUUCUGGGGUGUUAAGCCUUCCCUGGGGUUUAUUCUUCAUCCAAUUUUGGAAGAAGCGCUUCUUUCUGUAGACUGAAAAAAUGGUGGGUUUACCAAGGACCUUGAAAACAAACCUUUUGGAUCUGCAGUGUUGAUGGCGAAGCAUUGUCAGAGAAGCUCUGCAGAUACAGUUGCAGCUAGCAGGUAUACGGUGGUAUCAUUUGAGACUGCCAUGACAAACAUUGCCCAGAAUACAAAUGAAUCUAAAGAACAGGGUUUCACAACACUAGGCAAUGUGUACAAACCCUUCUUGCUUUCCAUGACUAGGAGCACAUUGCAUGACUUAUCAUACUCUCUUAAUGCUAACAAAGUGAAAUUUUAAUGAUUCAGAUUAUUCUGUUUUAUUGUCUGCACUCUUAAACGUCUCUAGCUGAAUUUUUAAUGUUCUUUUAAGACAGUGCCACGUCUGGAUACUUUUAUCAUGAGUGCAGAAGGUUCAGCCUAUUUCAGAUAAUAAUUGUAUAUUCUGAAAUUUUAUCUUCUGUGGAAAAAGUUGAAACCCCCAGUAUUUCUGUUCUUCAAAUUAGAGUUUCUCUGAUAGUAGUGUUCCUUAUUAAACACUAAACCCCUUCAUUUAGGAAAUGUAGAUAGGUGAAAUAAAAUUCAAAUUUCAUAAAGCAAUGCAUAUAUUCAGAGCAAGUAUUACAUUUGCUCUACUUUUUUCACUGGAGCAUAAUUGAUUUUUCAGUUUGGGCCAGGCCUUUAUAAAAAGUUCACAUGUGUAUUUUGCUAAUUGCCACAAGUUAGUAUGCUUUUCUUUAGCUUUACCCAGAUCUGCUAUGAACAUCAAAGUUGCUUCCUUAGUUAAUUGGCAGGAUAUUCUACUUGACAUGUAGUUACUUAAAUUUAUACAGAAUUGUAAAUAUUCAACUAUGAAGCUCUGUUAAACUCUUAACCUGCUGUCUUGAAUCUUAUGUUUAUAUGCUGCACAAUGAAGAGUUAGUGUGGACUUGGUGAGGUCAACAUAUUUUGUUACAAUAAAUACUGAUAAAAUCUC